AUGGUGCGUAAGCGAUUGCUGCUGCUGUUAAAGCCACUCGAUGUGUACCCAUCUCAUGAAUCCAUCGCCUGCUCCGCCUUCUCCUCCAACCGCAAUAGGAACGUAUUUAUUUCAAUANUUCCAGUUCUAGGAGUGAAUUCUGAUCCUACCCAACAGGAAGAGGUGGAAGAAUUCAGUGAAGAAUUUGAUGCUACAAGGAGCACUGGUUAUCUUUGUGCAGCAACAACCAACAACUUCGAACAACUAUUAGAUGACAUCCUUGAGAAUCGCAGUGAACCUUCUGAAGUAUCUAGGAUGGCUAUUAGUGUCAACUCAAAGCUGAUUUCAACUUUUGCUCUAAAUGACAUUCUAGUCGCGCAUCCAUGUCCUGCAACAGUUUCUCGAUUCUCAUUCGGGAUCAGGAAAGAUGGAACAUCUCAAACUUCUUUACUAAACUGUAAAUCAAGUGGGUUUAGGGUCUCGACAGCUGUUGGAUCAACAGCUGCAAUGCUUUCGGCAGGUGGAUUUACAAUGCCCAUCUUGUCCAAGGAACUCCAAUACAAGGUAAGGGAGCCCAUUGCUCCGGGGACCAGUGCUCAUUCGAUGCACGGGCUGGUGAAAUUCGAAGAUACAAUGGAUAUUACUUGGUUUUGUAGAGAGGGAAACAUAUAUAUUGAUGGUUCCCAUGUUGUUCAUUCUAUUCAACAUGGAGACACGAUUGGGCUCUCUUCCAAGGCUCCAACUUUGAAAGUGUAUUUGCCUAGCCACGUGUAUCAAUCUAAAAGGGAUGGUUUUGGUAAAUUAUGA